GAUUGAACCCCGGUCCUCAGAACUGUGAGGCAGACGCUCUAAACAGUUUGUUCACCGUGCCAUUUGCAGGCUUCUGUUGCACAAUUGAUUUAGAAAUCUGGGGUUCACCCCUCCAAACCUCGUAAUGGUACGCUCCGUUGCCAAGGUGCUCGUGGAAGCCAGUUCGCUUCGCUUGGCAUUACCACGCCUGUCGUCAACCUUUUGCUAAACUUGGACUAAUGGUCUUUCAAGGCAGCAAUGAUGGGGCAGAAGAGAAAUUUGGAAGAUAACUUUGGUGCAUGACGUCUGAUUGACUUAAGAGGACAAAUCUUCGUCUUGAACCUUGCUUUUUUCCCCCUCUACCAACCACGGAAGACAAGCACAAUCCCUGCCAGAUGCUGCUCCAUCCAAUUUAAUGUGUCACCAUGGACCGCGAAGAGGUACAGACAGAGCUGGACCAGAUUUCUGUGUGGCUCAGGGAUGAUGGUUUGCCUCCAGGGGCUAGUCCAGAUGAGCGCCAGCACCACCUUUGGCGGCGGCUCCUCGACACUGAAGCGGAGCUGCAGGUGUCCACCCAGGAGCUGCGUACUUUGCGCUCCCAGCAGGCCAAUGAGAUGAAGGAGAUGGACAGCUAUGUAGCGCAUAUCCGUGGACUGCUGCAACAACGCGAGUGUGUGACUGCUGGCUGUGAAAGGGACAACGAAAAACUGCAACAAGAGCUGCUCCACAUCAGACAGCAACAAGAGAUUCAGAGCAAGGAGCUGGCAGAGAUGUUAGCACAGGAAGACCUUGGGGAGAUGGGUUUGAGCAGCCCCAGUGAGCAGGUGGCUUACCUAUUGGUGGAGAGGGCAACACUGCUGGAGAGGCUUGAGGCUGCCGAGAGGAGGCUUGAGAGCCACAGCUUGUCUGGCAACAUAAGGGAUGUCCCGAUCCAGGGUUCAUCUCAGACUCCAUGGAAGAAGCUGUUUGGGCUGCGCAGGUCUGCUCAGAACAAAAACAAUAUUACCCCUGCUCACAGUGAGGAGCUGUCCCGUGAGCAACAUGAACGGCGGCGGCUGGAGCGUGACUUGGAGGAGGCGUCGAGCAGGCUGGAGAUGGCUCAUCAAGAAAUCCGAAGGCUCAACAAUGAGCUGGAUGUGACCAAAAGCAACAGCCUUGACCCCUGUGGGUCUGAGCUUCAGGAAACACUCCAAGAACUAGACAUUCUGAAGAAAGAAGUGGACAAACUAAAACAGUGCGAUAUGAUGAAGUUGCAGCGAGCCAAAGAGCAAAGUGACAGACUAGAUGCUGACAACAGAAGUCUGAGGGAGACAGUGCACUCUUUAGAGUCUGAGAAGAAAACCCUUCUCGAGCAGUUGGAAACAAGGGACGUAGACCAAGAUGCUUCCCUGAAAGAGGAUGGGAGGCAAAACAACAAUUGCAGUGAACUACAGAACAUGUCUGGCUUUUCAACUAAAGAAUCGGAUCCAACUCACAAACGCUGUCAUGCAAUGAUCGAGGACAGACUUGUUCAGAUGAGAGAGCUGGAGCGUCAACUCCAAAGGCUACGCAAGGAGCAGCAGGAGCUGGAAGAGAGGAACGAGGAGCUGGAGGCUUUGCUCGGUGAGGCCCAGAAUGCCAGCAAGGAGGAGAGGCUUCGCCAUGACGGAGAACUGGAGGGACUACAUCGACGGAUCAAAAACCUUGAGGGAGAGCUGAAGAAGCAGGAAACCCAAGAAAAGCUGUUAAAGAAUGGAGAAGAGGUCAAAACCACAGAGUCCUUCUUACAGCUGCACCUACGGGACAGCGGCCCGGAGAGAAUGGCUCUGCUGGAAGCUCGUCUGACUGAGGAGAAGGACUGGAGGAAACAACUGGAGCUGGACCUCAGCGCUGCUCAGGCUGCUUUAAAAAAAGACAAGGAGGCUUUGCAAAUUGGUGAGAGAGAGCUGAAGAAACUGAGACUUGAGGUUAACAGUCUCCAGACUGAAUGCCAACAAGGGAAAACUCUCAUCAAGGGUCUCAACCAAGUCAAGGGGGAAAAGGUGGUUCUGGAGGAAAAGUUAUCCCAGAUGGAGCGAGCUCACCGUCGACUCCAGAGUGAGCUGGAGCGUCACAAAGACAAUAACCACACCCAAAAGAACCUGCGAGAUAACAGAAUACAGGUGGCCCAACUGCAGGAGCAGGCUGACAGGCUGACCAAAGAACUAAGCAGCCUUCAGACAGAACACAACAUACUCAAAGAUGAAAUGGCCUCUGGGGGGCAGAAGGCUGCUGAGCUGCAGGCCAAACUGAGUGACAGUAUCCAGAAGAAGCUGGCAGUUGAAGGGGAAAGAGAGAAACUGGAGAUUGAGAUAAAACACCUCAAGCAACAACUCCAGCAGCAUCACUUAGCACUUAGCAGCAACCUGAAGUCACCUCAAUUAGAGUCAGUUUCUGGUCCAGUGGAGAAGACCAUAGAGAAAUGCUUGAAUCAGUCCCUGGACAUAGUCCAGCAUCAGAGGGCAGAAGAGGCUAAACAUUUGAAGCAGGACCUGCAAAGAGUACAGAGCCUUUUCACCUCAGCAGAACGAGAACUGCGCUACGAAAAGGAGAAGAACAUGGACCUGAAGAGGCACAACACCCUGCUGGACAAUGAAAAACUUAAGCUUUCUGCAGAGCUGAACCAGGUGCAGACCAAGUUGGCCCAGGUGCAGCAAAGUCUUCACACUCAGAUGACUAGUUCAGAACGUCAGCAGCAGAGAAUCAGGGAGCUGGAGCUGGAGCUGGCACGCCACUCAGCCAACCGCAACGUUGCCAACAGUCUGCAAGAGGAGUUGCAGGCCGAGAGGGCACAGGUCAUUACUGCUGACAAAAAGGUGCUGGAGCUGCAACAGCAGCUCAAGACAACCCAGCACCAGCUGCGCAUUGAGGAAGCUCGGGCCUGUGAGAGGAGCCGUCUGGAAAGAGACAGCAGGGAUCUAUCUGACACCGUGUCCUCCCUGAGAGCCCAGCAGCAGGAAGACCAGAUCAAAAGGAAGCUCUUAGAGCAGCGCGAGGAGGAGCUCCAGCACCAGGUACGUUCCCUGAGGUUGAAGGAGGCGUCGCUCACCAGGACCAAUGCCGAGCUCAGCCACCGAGCACAACAGCUGGAGGCAGAACUUAACAAGGCCCAAGAGGAGAUAAGAGCUGACCAAGCAUCUUGUCGCAGACUAAAGGACGAUCUAGCGGCCAGUCAGCUCGAUUGUGACAGAAUGCAGGAAGAGGUCAAGCAGGUUUUCCUGCAACUGAACACCCAUGUCAGAAAGUACAAUGAAAAACAGAGUCGACACAAGACCAAACUACAUCAGGCCAAGCAGGUCUUUCUCCAAGCCACUGCACAGCGGGACAACACCAUCCAGAAACUGGAGAAUGACUUGAUCCUGGCCGCCAAUCUCUCGCACAAGGCAAAGGAAAGCAUCCAUAAUGUGAUGGAGGAAAAUGAAAAGCUUCUAGAGGAGAGGAGGAGGCUAUUGCUGAAGAUAAGCGAGGUGGAGGAAAUGGGCAACAGUAGCAUGAGAGCUGCAUCCACUAUCCAACACAGGGUCAACGUCUUAGAAGCAGAAAACGGGCGACUACAGGAUCAAACUUUGAGGCUGUCCAAUCAGGUCAGUUCCUUGGAGCGUGCCCUGAGGAACGCCCAGUCCUUCAACAGCAAUGAGAAUUCCAAGAAAGUUCUUUGUGAAAGCAUCCUGCAAACAUCUAAUUUAAGCUUCACGUCUGGUUCCUGUGGCCCUUGGGAGUUGUUGGACGCAAUCUCUCGCACCAAGUUUGAGCAUGUGUCGGACAGCACUCGAGCAUCGGUCUCCACGCAGCACCCAUCAGAACAAGGCUACCUGAACCUCGUCUCUCCGCUGUUUCCUCCUGACACUAACCUGGGGAGUCCAAAUAGCGGUGGUGAUGUGUGAGAGGCACCACAAGCUGAUGACGAGAAGACAAUGGGUAAAAUCUGAGUGGAAUCAAAAUACUGUAAUAAUAAUUAUUAUAGUAUACCAUUAUAAUGACAAAGGACUUCCUCUGCAGUUCUUGAAAAGUGGUAUUAAAAUGACAGUUUCUUAUUGUUAUGUUAGUGGGUAAGAUAGGACAAAGUACGUCAGGCCAGUGAAUGUUGAAGUGAUAUUUAAAACUGAGCACUUUAUCAAGCAUUUCAGUAUGUUUACAAUUAGGAAAAUGUAGCUGUCAGAUGUGAAUGAUUUACAUUUGUAUCCUUUUUAUUAUCCACAAUUUGGAAGUUUUUUGAAAUUUAGUCAGUGUUAUUACAUUCGAGUGAUAGCGUUGUGGACACUUUUACCUUGUAAAAGCCUGCGUAACUCUCCAUGCCAUAGUAUGCACUGACGAGUCACAAUUUUCUGAUGACCUGCACAAUAUUAUGAUAGCCAAUGGAAGAGCAGCAUCAAAUGUUCUGCCUUUACAAAGGUAUGUAGCGUGAAUUAAAAAUUAAUGCAUGAUUAAUAGGGAAUAACCGCAACUAACUUCCACCUUCAGCAAACACGGAUUGAAGCACUUCGUUCCGGGUCGGGUAAACGGUGAUGCCCUAUAACAGGAGACCACGACAACGCACCCGUAGAAACUUUAAACGUCUACAAUUUUUUUUGUUUGACACAAGAUGUCUUCAAGAGCUACCAAAGAUGGUAAUAUCUGAUGUUAAGGCUUUGUUCGUGUUUACAUGUAAUAUCAUAUUUGUAUAAAAAAAAAUGAUAGACAUGUAUUAAACUUUAGUCUGAAGACAGCAGCCAUAAAGAAAAUAACAUUUUAGAAAGUGCAGUUUCAAAUCAUCAUGUCAUCAACCCAUAAUUAUGCCAGUUAUCGCGGCAUACACAGAAGGUCCGCCGACCUGUUUUCCGGGUUUGGUCCGCACAUAGCGGAUUAAGAGUUUAAGAGCAGUGUGCCAGCACUUUAGCACACAGUCUAAUGAGAAAAAGUAAACUUUCAAUAAAUAGUUGAAACGUAACCAUAGGCUAGUUUCAAUUUACCUCGGCGCACAACCCAGUUUGAAUAAAAACGGAAAACUUUAAUCGGUCUCGUCAUCGAGUCUGUGCCAGUCCUUUUGAGGUAAUGAGUCCACUCAAGCGACCAAGGGAAUGUUGGUGUUUUUGCGUUCCCUUUAUCAAGCAAAUGGUUAAUUAACAUACACUGUCUAUUGAAGUCCAAGCAACAGAUACAAUUCAUAUGCAGUCUUUGUCAAAGAGGUUGUUGCAGAAAGUGCGUCCUGUCACCCACCUCUCCCUGAGAUUCUGACCAGAUGCUCAGGAGAAACAAGGUUAGAAAUAAAUUACCUUUGUUGUCACAGUGGAAUUGGAGAUUCAGGGUGGGCAUUAUCAAGCAGACCAGCUACAGCACCCUACAGUGAAUGUUCUGUUUUGAUUGACACAUUUAGAUUGUAGUAAUUUAACAAUAGAUUCAGAAUAAUUGAUGCAGCUCUUCAUUGUGGAAGUGCUCAUAAUGUUGUGGCUGGUCUGUAAAUACCGGGUUUCUCUCCACUGCUGUUGCUGCUGCAGUAUUUGAUGCGAAGCUCAUUUUAAACCUUGAAAGAGAAAGUGAGGUUAUUUCUUUUAUCUAUUCUGAGUCUCCCAAGCAUGAUUUUUUUGUUCAUUCCCUGGAGGCUUUGUGAGAUGUUAUUGCACUUGAUCAAACACUGAGAGCUUUAUGUUUUGUACAAUCAAAUCACCACUUGCAUAUACUGUAUUAUACACAAUAGGUACAGAAUAAACGUGUCUUAAAUGUGCCAAAAUAAAGUGUGACUUUGUUUUGCUCCUAUGUGAAGAGGUUGAUAAAUGGCAGUGUAGAGGAAACUCAAAAAAACCUUUUGACUUUGUGUUUUUAAAACUAUUUUCAUAAAUAAAGAAUACUGCACACAAAUUUGCUUUU